AUGAAGCUUUUCAAGCUGUCGUUUAGUGUUGUGGUUGUUUGUGUUUGUUGUGUUACUGCGCAGCAUUCCUGGAAGAUUCCUCUGCAGAAACCUCAAACUUCUCAUUCUUUUCAGUGGUCUCAACAACAGUCAAAUGUCCCUCCAACUACAGCUCCUCUUGAUAAAUGCCUGGUAGAGGAGGCUCAGAAGCUCCGGUGUGGGACUCCAGAUCUGACCCCUGAACAAUGUGAAAAAAUGAACUGCUGCUUUGAUGGGCUACAGUGCUACUAUGGGAAAACAGUGACUGUGCAGUGUAUCAGGGAUGGCCAGUUUGUGGUGGUUGUGGCUAGAGAUGCCACCCUGCCACCUAUAGAACUGGACUCAAUCAGCCUGCUGGAGACUGACGAUGUCUUCUGUACCCCUGUCGACAGCACCUCUGCCUUUACAAUCUUUCAGUUCCCUGUGACAGCAUGUGGCACCACAGUUACGGAGGAGGAUGGUUUUGUGGUUUAUGAAAACCACAUGUCGUCUUCAUAUGAAGUAGGAGUUGGCCUAAAAGGCUCAAUCACCAGGGACAGCCAUUUUGAGCUACUGUUCCAGUGUCGGUACUCCGGCACAGCCACAGAGGCUCUCAUCCUGGAGGUGAACCCUGUUCCUCCUCCCGUACCGGUUGCUGCUGCAGGACCUCUCAGAGUGGAGCUCAGACUGGGAAGUGGACAGUGCCGCACAAAAGGAUGUGUGGAGGAAGUGGCAGCGUACAGCUCCUUCUAUGCCGCGUCAGACUACCCAAUCACCAAAGUGUUACGGGAACCAGUCUAUGUUGAGGUGCGCAUCUUGGCAAGGUCCGACCCAAAUAUCAUUCUGAACUUGGAGCACUGCUGGGCCACUUCCAAUCCAAAUCCUGACAGCCUGCCACAGUGGGACCUUCUGUUUAAUGGGUGUCCGUACCGUGAUGACAAAUACCUGACCACAGUGGUUCAUGUGGACAGCUCCUCUGGGCUUCAGUACCCGACGCACCACAAACGUUUUGUCAUAAAGAUGUUUACAUUUGUGGAUCCAAACGACUUCUUUCCACAGCAAGACAGGGUGUUCAUCCACUGCACCACAGCUGUUUGCUAUCCAACCAGCAUGGACUCUUGUGAGCAGUACUGUCAUCGACAGCGGAGAGCAGUAUCUGCAGCAAGCAAGGUUUCCCAGAGCCAGAGGAGCCUAGUCUCAAGUGGUGAAGUGAUCCUGACUGAGAAAACCACAGCAGCACUGAACGCUAAACUGAAAGGAUGA